UUUCUCACCUCAGGGUCCAGAGCUGAAGACACUGUGUUUGUGAUGACAGGAGAUUCUGUUCAACUGAAUAUACAGAGAGAUAAAUUACCUGAUAAGUUUGAUGAGAUAUUCUGGCAGAAUGAAACAUCAGGCACUAUAGUGAAAUAUUAUAAUGAAUUUAAAACAGUAAAAGAUUAUGAUGCCUUUAAGGACAGAGUGGAGUUUAAUACUGAAAGUUUCUCACUAACACUGAAGAACAUGAAGAAGACAGACAGUGGAGUUUAUACAGCAAGAAUAACUGGAAAAACAAAUAAAGAUGUUGCUGAACACAGAGUAUCUGUUAUAGACGCAGUGAAGACUCCUGAGCUGACUGUCAUCUCUAACUUUCCCAGCAGUGACUCCUGUACUGUAAACUUUAUAUGUAGAGCUCAUGACCUCACACUUAACUCCACUAAUAAAAAUGGUAACUGCUAUCCAGAGGAAGUGACAUCACAUGAGAAGUUCACUCUCAUCCUGAUCUGUAGUAAUGAAACCAUCAUCUGUAACCAUAGCAACCCUAUCAGCUGGAAAACAGACAGAAUAGACAUUAAAGAGCUCUGUAAAGGUAAAUAUUUGCUCCCAAGACAACACACAUGAACACACAGCACAAUGCUUUUGAUAAAGAUGCAACAAUAGCAGAAAUUCAGCAGAGAUCUCGUCCUAAGGUUUACUAAACUUUGAAGUACCACUAGUUUGAAUUGACUGUUGUUACUGUUCAUCCAGAGAAUACAGGACCAGAAAAACAUAUCAUCUGGCUGGUGGUCUGUCUAGUUGUGCUGGUGGUUUUGCUGAUUAUUUCUGUCUCUUUCUACUGCUGGAAAAGAAAUAAAGAGCCAACCAAUGGAAACGAUUAGAAGUGACUUUAAUCCAUAUGAUGUUCCAGAUCAGAUUCUGCACCAGACACAAGAGACAAAAGAAGAUAAACAAACCACCACAAUCUACCACACAGUGGGGCAACACUUCCAGCCUGAAGUCACAGCUGUAACAGACCAUAUAAUUUAUUCACAAGUGUGCAAACAACCACCUAAGAGACCAGACACCACUUCAUCCAACUGUACCUGAGAUCAAACUGAAAACAAUGGGUGGCUUUAAUGGAGAUGAUACACAAGGUCAUUUGUUCAGUUGUGCAAUACAACCUUUAACCUUUCUACAAAGAAUAUAUAGAAAUUUAUUUUUAUUUCAUUAAUGCAAUCAUGAGAAAUAUUAAUUGGACUAAAAAGCGUGUGCCUACUCCAUAAAUCUCUUAAAGGUCACGUUCUUUCUGAUCCCAUUUUUUAAACCCUAGUUAGUGUGUAAUGUUGCUAUAAUAGCAUAAAUAAUAUCUGUAAAAUGAUAAAGCUCAAAGUUCACUGCCAGACGAUAUAUUUUCUUUAACAGAAUUCCCCUUUCAAAGCUUACAGUGAACAGCUGGUUUGGACUACAGCCCUCUACUUUCCUGCUUUAAUGACGUCACUAGUUUUUUGACUAAACUCCACCCACAGGAAUAUGUCAGUUGCCGGCUAAGCUAACGGCAAGCUAAGCUGCUAUCAAAUCUCAACACACUAAACAAACUACACAAUAAAACUCGAUACGUAUUUCUGAAGGAGUGACUUCAUAGAACAAGGAAGACAUCAGCCUGUCUUGAGGACAGUGAAAACAGCGCUAGACAGAUAAAUAAAUUGUGUGAAAAAUACCGCAUUUUUUAUACGUGAAACAUGAAGACGUUAUAUUUGGCACUGUUAACACAAUCAAAUCUUCAAAAACACAGAAAGAACGGGACCUUUAACAAAUUCUUUACAGUUUUUUCUCGAUUGCUAAAACACUAGGCUAUAACCAGGCUUUUGAACUAAAGUUUCAAAACCAUAACGCCAUUUUUCAAGAAGCACAAUAAUUUUGCUGAACUAUAAACACUACUCUCCUGCUUUAACACAUGAGUCAGAUUUGGUGAACUGUUACUUCAAAACUCUACACACAUCACUACAUUUCUCAGUGCUUACACUAUCUGGUCAUAUGGAAAGCACUACAAGCAUUCAAUACUGUUCACUCAAGUCAGCACAGCUUAGGCUCAAUUAGCAAACAAUUACCAAGACGGAAAGACUAAUGGCGCUUUUCCAUUGCAUAGUACCCCAGGGUUUGGUUUAUUUUGGGUCGGGUCAUCUUACUUUUGGGAGCUUUUCCAUUGGGUGCAGUACGUAGUACCCAAUACUUUUUUUUCGUACCACCUCGGUUGGGGUUCCAAGUGACCCGAGCUGAUACCAAACGUGACGCGAAAACACUGUAGAUCACUGAUUGGUCUGAUAGAAUCGUCACGUCAUCGCUAUAAUGUAAAAUAUUAGCUUUACCUCAAUGCUAGCUUGCGCUGUCUCGAGCAAACAUGUUGUCAUCUGCUCUGCUAUAAGUUCCCGAACUCCCAUUUAGCGAUGAAAAACAUCCACAGGUUUAGAAUCAGUGACACCAUAACAGUUUUUUCCAGACUUGCAGUUUGUGGCGGAACAUUUGCGACAAGCACGUCAGCAUUAUAUAUGCUUAAAUGCAACCUAAAUGAAGCUCCGCCGAGUGUUUGUACAGAAACUGUCAUGUGAGACAGAGGUAUAGUGAAAACGCGAUGUGCAAACAUCUGUUUGUGGUGGUCAAUUUUAAUUUUGUGGCGGACUGAGAAAUAAAUAAAUGUAUGGGAAUAUACAAGGACGCUCUCACUUGUAUGAUGUCACAGCAGGCAGCGCAAAUAUAACGACACGCGUAUAAUCCCUCCAACUGCAAAGUGUUACUAAACUCGAUGGAAAAGCUAACCACGCCAAAGUGAGGUGAGCUGACCCGACCCAAACUAAACUAAACCGUGGGGUACUAUGCAAUGGAAAAGCGCCAUAAGGGCUCUAUCUUGCACCCAGCGCAAUUGACUUUGUCAGUGAUGCAUGUAUCAUUCGUAUUUUGCACCGGCGCACAGCAGGUUUUUCCCUCCACAGACCCACGUCAGCAAACUAGGGAAUGAACUUCCCUGGUCGGUUCAGUGCAAAAAAGGAGGCGUGCUCUGGCGCAAACCAUCCCUGAUGCUAUUUUGCAGUUUCAAAAAACAAUUGUGCCACUAACCAAAAAAACUAGUCUAAAGUCAGUGGUGCGUUGCGCGUGGUUCAUUAUGCUAUUUUAAGGGUGCAUGCUUGACCAUAAUGUAUAUUGUGCACAACGCGCACACACUUUGCUUAUCUAAUCUUCACAGAUGCAAGUGUUAUUUUUGCAAAUCAUAAAUUGUUACAAUAAAAAAUAUUAACACGUGAGAUAAGGGAAAUCAUAGUGGUGAGCAUUGUGGUGAUAGUUUUUAUUUAUUUUGUGUGGCAGCGUUAAACAAUUAUCAUGCAAAUAACUAUUAAAAUAUUUUCAUAAGUUUGUUGUGUGGCUGUAUUACGUUAUCUAAAUAAUAAUUGAAAUGUCUUCAUAAAAAACCUUAAUGUAUAUGAACUUGAUUUGUAAGUGUACUUUGGGGUUGGACCUUGCUUGCGUUUCUUGGGUCCAAUUUCAAAGCCCCCAAACCCUUUCAGCGGUGAGGGUGGACGCAGCGAUGUCCUCCUGUGUGCCCGGCGUGCCCGAUUUAUGCUGGCAAGCCAGGGAUCCCCCCGUCUCCUGACAUCAUUGUAGUGCUUGGCGCAGCUGAUGAGACAAUUGUGUCUAUUUCCUCUCACGCUUGUUUAACCUACGCUGAUUUGGGCGGGUUUCUCCCAUCCCCAUACAAAACAACUUCUCUGUCUUUGACUGCUCUUACAAGAACGUCGGUCUCCUCGGCUGUGAACCGCUCCUGGCGUGAGCCUGGUAAAUCCGUCAUACUGUAAUAAUACAUACUGGGAACUAUAUUCUCAAAUGGCGAAGCACUGAUUCUUGGGCAGAGUGAUUUGCUCGCAGCACCUGAGAAGCCCUGUGGUGAGGAGCAGAGAGUUUGGUCAGAGUUGUGCAAAUCAUUCCGCCCAUGUAGCAGUGCUUCGUCUUCUGAGAAUAUAGUUCCCAGUAUGUAUACUGUUAAAAGAUGGCUGUGUCUCAUAUGACCUUGUUAUUUGCAUAGAUAUGUAUAUAAAGGCUAGAUGGCUCAAGGCGGAGUCCCUAACGGCAUCACCUGGCGGCCAUCUUACGACAGGGCGCUCGCUCACUCGUAGCAUUGAGUUUAAUGGUGAAGGUACUUUUAAAUGACCAUAACUUGCUCAAUUUUCUACCGAUUUUCAAACGGUGUGGGUUUUUACAAACGUUAUUAACGUGGCUAUAAUUCUGGAUGCUUUAACAUGUUUCAUGAAUUUUUUUUUAAUUUUUAGUAUAGGUAUGCAGUGUCAUAGUUACAUCUUUGACGUUUAUAACAAACCAAAUGCGGACGUUGCACUCAAUUGGCCAGCAGCGCGGACGAGCCAUCUAGCCUUUAUAUACAUGUCUAUGGUUGUUCUGUCCUUCAGGCAUUUAAUUUUUAUGCUUUUAAUUUGAUAUACUUUCAGUUCCAUGCAGACUCUUAUUUUGACGUUUGUUAACUGAGUAAAAACAGGAAGUACUAGGAAUCCAUUUUAGAAAUGCAUUGGAAAACAGUUCAGACAGUCAUUUCUUCAGACAAAAUUCAUCCUGCCUGUUGAUUCCUCAGCAGAAGCAUCGCUUUUUCACUCUCUCAUUUCUCAUCACUCACCUCAUAUGUAUGGAUUCAGUACAAUGUGAAGAAAAUAAAUCUGCAUACACAGAAUUUCGGAUUUCUUCAUGUUCAUGAAUAGAGAGAGUUUAGCUCACUGUUAAGUUGGAGUUGUUACACCCCAGUGAGAACAGUACAAUGGUUAUUUGUACACGGUGUGACUAUACAAAUCACAACAUAUAAAUAGGAAAAUCUUCGCAUUAUUUUGUCACUAAUUGACACGAUUUUAUACUUUUCUACUGAUCAUUCUGUUAAAGAGUUGAUGUAUUUUGCCUUCUGAAGGAUCAGUGAAUGUUUCUGUUUUUUGUUGUAGUUGUCUACAAGUCUUUCAGUGAAACUAAAUGUGCUUAAAUGGUUCUUUUCAAGUAAAAAUAAUUUAGUAAUAUGUAAAGAUAUAGAAUUUACUUAUAUUAUAUAUAUAUUAUGGAAUAAAUGUAUUUGAAGUCGAUAACAUUUCUUUUUUUAUUGUUUGUUUUAACUGCAUAUUCUUACACUUUAAGGACCCUGAUGUAAGUGUGAGAUGUGUGGAGGAAUGUGUGUAUAAACAGGAUGUGUGAAGGUGUUUAAAAGAAGAAGUGAAAGGGGAGGGUGUGGUGAAGAGAAACACAGCAAAAAAAACUCUUCAUAACUUUAUAAGAAAUAAAUAAACCCUCUAAAGACCCAGAUGAAGAAUAUAAACCCUUCAGUCCAGCUACACCUUCACAUUAGUGAAACCUCUAAAAACUAUGUAUAAAAAGUUUGAUAUGUUUUAUGUAAAACAAAAUUUAAAAGGUGGUAAAAAAGUCAAACAAAUUUAUUUUUCCAGAAGCCCAUCUUAUAGACGUAGCCAUGAAACUAAUUACGUAACAAUUUACAAUCUGAUAUGUUACAGUCUACAGUCCUCGUGUUUAAACAUUUGGUUUUAAACUUAAACAUGCUAAAUGAAACCAAGAGCUUAAGACCUCUGUGUUCUCCACAGUUUAAAAGUUGACGUGUCACAUCCCAUCAGAUAAGUAUAUAACUUCAUUUACAAAAAAACCCCACAGCGAAUACACACAAUUUGUAUUUGUAACAAUGGCGUUGUGGUUGCUCAUUUCAUAUGUUCUGCUUACAUACAUGCACAAGUA